UUCAUGUAACUUAACAAUUAUGACUGUGAUGACCUUAGGAACCAUACAUAUUACUUGCGAAAACGACUGGGGUAAAGAGAAAGAAGUUGAGGUUGUAAAGGAUAAGGCCAAAUCAUUUGGAAUCUGCAUCGUUGGAGGAACUGUGAAUGUGUCCCAGGACGUUGUUUCAGGACUAUUCAUUAAGAAUAUAAUACCAAAUAGCCCAGCGGACAAAUGUGGAUUACUUAAGAUUGGUGAUCGUAUAUUGAAGGUUGACGGAACUGAUAUCAGACAUUCGACACAUGAGUAUGCAAUGAAAAUAAUAAAAAAUUCAGGCAGAAAAAUGAUUUUAUUGGUUCAGAGCCUCACGAAAAAGAUGGAUGAUUGUACUGAGACGUCCGCUUUCCUUAAAAAAGCUCCACCACCUAUAACACCGUGUAAAACUCCAGAAUCGGAACUGAUACAACAAGGAACAAAGAAUCGUACGAUUUCUAUCAAAAUCCAUGAUGAUGGAAAUGAUGAACGAUACAUAACAGCCAACGAUAGUAUUCGUACCAAUGAUUCUGGGUCGAUAAAUAACGUACUAAAGCAAUUUAAAGCAGGACGGUUUGCUGAUAACUCCCAAAUUCUUUGCCGCCGAUUAUCACCAUUUGCAAGGGAGUUUGUGAGACACUACCAAACGGGAUUCAUGGGUUCCCGCACCACCAUGGACCAAAUAUUCGCGAUUCGGCAGGUUCCGGAGGAGUGCCUCAAAUACAAUGUGCCACACAUUAUUUGUUCAUCGACUUCAAAUCGGCAUAUGACACAAUCGAUCGAGAUCAGCUAUGGCAGAUAAUGCACGAGUACGGUU